CAAUACCAAUCUCUCUCUUUAUAUAGAGAACUCUGCAGUUUUGUAGGAUAAGCCACAGCUGUGGUAGCUACUUAGAUAUCCAUGCCAGGUUCGGAUUAAUCGGUUCCUGAGUGUACCGAUAACCGAAACUCUUACUUUUCUGAAGGAAAAAAUAAUUACGAGCCGGGAGAUCGGUUGGAAGAUCUGGGGACUGGAAUAUGGCAGUCGUGCACCGAACUCAACGCUUCAAACAUCGAAAGGCGUUUGCUGCAAGGAAAGAGGAGUCCACGUUCAUUCGGUCCAAAUAUCCCCAGAAGAUACCGGUUAUUGUGGAACGAUAUCCUGGCGAGAAACACCUGAAACAGUUGGAUAAAACCAAAUUCCUGGUUCCUCAAGAUGUCAUCGUGAGCCACUUCAUUACCAUCAUCAGGAACCGGCUAGCUCUAACACCUAAUCAAGCAUUUUACCUGGUGGUGAAGAAUAAGAGUCUCUCCAAUAUGUAUGCCACCAUUGCUGAACUGGACCAAGAAUACAUGGAUUCUGAUGGUUUCUUGUACAUCUCCUAUGCAUCCCAGGAAAUGUUUGGUGCAAUUUGGCCAAGAGCUAAUGAACUUUGGAACCUAAAAGUCCUGCUGUCUGUAUUGGUGGUGUGGUUUUGUCUGUACUACCGUGAUUCUUGAAGGUGAUGCACAAUAUAAAUUGAUUCCUGACCUUUCUUUUUUGAAGGGAAAAUCAUUUUAACUAGAUAAGUUGACUCUUGCACUUAAUUCACCACUUUUUUUUCUUAUUAACUAAAUUUAAGGUGAAAGAGCACUCUGAAAUUCAUAAACAAUAUGAACAGCCAAUAUUGAGCAAAAAUACCUUUUAAACAGAUGGUCCAUUCCUGCAGGCUAGAGGUGACUUGGUGGACACAAGACUCCCUCCAUGGCCAGACUGAUAUGACUAUUUCCAACUUGCUGCUUCACUACACCUCCCCUUCCCACUGAUAGCCUAACAUGUAGCUUAUGUUAACUCUCUUUCCAGUAAGAAACUGAGAUCGUCUUGAAGCAUUCUAUAGGGCAACCACUCUGCCCUUCAGUCUUGUUUUCCUUCUGGAGAAGGUAGUGGAGACUCUCUACUGUUUAGUAACAUGCUGUAGUCUGACUUGACAUUAGUAACAUACACCUUAGUUUAAAAUACUGAAAUAAAAUUUGUACCACCUCCCUCAUUGCUAACUCUCAUGUUGGAAUGACAUAUCCUAAUUGUACUGGUGACUCCACAAAUCAAAUGGAAUGUAUAUUCACAAAUUGAUUCAUUGUUUGUAAGUCCAUUUUUGAUCAUAAAUUCUUUUUGUAACUUG